AUUUCCAGGUGGCACCAUUAGAAUUUUUAGAAUAGUAAAAGCUAAUCAGGGUACUCAAUAUAUUUGAUAUUUUGUUGUUCCAUUAAAAAAAUUCAAUUUGAUUGUUAUUAACUUGAAAAUAAUACGACCCUGUGAACACGUGACCAGAUACAAUUUUAACCGGUCCACUGGAUUAUGCUACUGCGUAUGUCCCUAGUCGAAUAAUCGAAAGCUAUGCUAGUAAGUUUGGCUGAAUAAACGACGCUAAUACACGAGAUUCUGAGUUCGACACGGGAGAAAUUCUUAUCAAAAAAGUAUACGAAAAAUAAAAACAGCCGCUAGUUAAUUAUCUUCCACAGCCGCCUGACAACUCGCUUAUUUAUCAUACGUUUACUUGACCACUAUAGAGGCAGAUCACUCGACCACUGGACUGAUCCGCAGUAUCGUCGCCAGAAGUGAUCUCAUUUUGUGAAUAAUAUUCUGCCCAAGAUUUAUUUUGAGAAAUAAGUGAACCCCCCACGACGCAAUGUGGAAGCUCGAGCCAGCUGUUAUUAUUUUCUCGGCGCUAUUAUGCUUAAUUCGGUGCCAGGUGCCACAGGAUUACGUCGACGCAACAAGUUCCGUCAAAUCGUAUACAGCCAAAUACAAUGAUUCUGUUCCGAAAAUCGUUACACUGAAGAACCGCAUCUACACCGUUAUUCUAGACUACCAUACCAUUAACUUAACGUCAAUCGACAGUGGAAGUGAUCAACCGCAACAGUUAUUAAGCUGUAAGCUUUUGACGUCCGAAGCAUUUACUUAUUCCAAUUUAGAUAAUGAGGUCGUAGGACUGGAUAAUGGUAAAAUUGUUCUUGUAACACACGUGAAAAACAAACCCGAGGAAUCGUACAGGUUUCAUAUCAUUCUCGAUCCUUUUGAUUGUUCAAGUCAAAAAAUAGUGAAAGUACCGUGUCAACGUUCGGACGCAGAUUUACUUGUCCUGAUACCUUAUCAAGACACUUAUGACGUCAUAAAAAAUUACAUAUUUUCACAAAAAAAUGACACGAUUUAUCCAAAGAACCCUCAACGCUUCAACGACAAGGGAGAACAAAUUGAAUUGGACUACUCCCUCAAACCCGAUCCGACUUCAAUAGAGACUGCAGGUUGGUUUAAACAUUUAUUCAAAAUCAAUACGAUCAAACCGUUUGAUGCAUCCAAGGGCUAUUACUGCACCUACUACACCGAUGGUAAAGGCACCGUUCUGCAACGCCUGAAUUCAAGAUUUGAAACAGUGAAGGAGAUCAGUUUUCACAAUACCAACCUUCACGUGUCCACGACUCAGGGGCACAUUAAUUACUGUUCCUUCAAAGAAAAUAUCACAUGCAAGCUUUUGAACUCCGACCUUGAAGUACAUGCUACGAGCGAGCUGCCAAAAUUGAACAGUCCAAAAGGCGUGUACUUGGAGGAUCGUCAAGUGAUAAAUUUGCCCAAUCACCGAGGCUUCGUCGUUUUACUCGGUUACAAGACUGAACCAGUCAACUCAUUGAAAUCAGUAGACUUUUAUUUGCAGCGAGUUGAGACUAGUGGAUCUGCUCUUCCAUAUUAUUGGAAAAUAGGAAAAGCUCUUCUCUAUCACUACGAUCUUUAUGGUAUCGUGGAUUCUGAAAGGGACUUCUGCUACGUAAUACUUGCUGUAAAUUGGAUAAAUGGCUCGAACGUUGAUGUCCAUAACCGUUGCUUGGAUCUUUAUGCUUAUUGAAUGUGACAGAACAUGCUAUUUUGAGAUUGUUUAUUUGUGAUCUCAAUAAAGUCAUUAGGUGUAGAAAUGCUACUCUCAAAACGAUACCCAACAUGUAUAGAUCAAUGAUUAAUAAAUAACUAGAACAAGUAUUUCAUUUAUAUUUGUGAAUUUUUCACUUAUCGAGAUUUACAUACAGACAACGACUUAAAUCAUACAUACAGUUUAUAUAUAAAUACAGAUUUUAUCAUGUGAUCCGUAGUGGUUUCAAAAAUUAUCGAAGAGUUUGAAAAUGAUGAAACGCUUCAUUAAAUGAUUAAUGUAAUUGAUACUAGCAUCUAUAAAUACUUAUUCAGAUGAAGCUCUAGAACGUUCUGAGCCUACGUAACAGAAAGUGUACAAGUUGUUAAUAAAUUAUUACUAUAUAUUUA